GCGCGAGCCAUCUCUCUCUCUCUCUCUCUCUCUCUCUCUCUCUCUCUCUCUCUCUCUGGUUUCUGCUAUUUUUGGGAGGAGCAGGGGCAGAGAUUUCGACGAAGCUAGAACAUCGUACGGCUUCUGUGUUUGUCUACAGCAGGGAAAGGACUACGGGCUAGAAGCUACAGCUCCCUGAAGACAGUUCCCGUCAUUGAGAUAAUGCUAUCGCAUUAAACACAAGAAAAAGCAGAACGAUGAUGGAAAAGAAAAACUUAGAUCCGAUCAAGCACUCAGUUCACAUCGAGGUGACCUCAAGGCCGCUAAGUACAACGCAUCAACAGUCACGAACUGUUCGAUUCUUCUGUGAAGAUAUCGAUGCCACUGAUUCGUCCGACGAUGAUACCUGCUUUAACCGCAGAAGAGUGAAGCGCUAUGUGCAAGAAAUCAAGUUCGAGCUUCAGCCGUCCACUGCAACCAGCUCUGCUAAGGUUAAGUCAGGCAAGGCAAGCGCAGGGCAGAGGAAGAAGAAGGUCGCGGCCUCAUCUGAGAAACACCAGCCGAUGCCUACGAUUCCAAAGUUCCGCGGCGUCCGGCGGCGGCCGUGGGGUAAAUUCGCUGCGGAGAUUCGAGACCCCACCCGGCGGAUUCGGGUCUGGCUCGGCACUUUUAACACCGCAGAGGAGGCCGCGAAGGUCUAUGACUCCGCUGCCAUCCAACUUCGCGGACCCGACGCCGCCACCAACUUCUCUCCUCUGCCACCGGCGACCAAAGUCUCCGUAUCCGGUGGGUACGAUUCCAGCGAAGACUCGCGCAAUACCUGCUCGCCCACCUCUGUUCUCCGAAGAUUCCCUUCUGCAGUUGCGGAAGAGGAAGCUGGCUUGCCCGACUACGUCGGUGAUCUCAACCUGUUCGACGAAAUGCCUAUUUAUAAUGAGCUUUUAGAAUUCGGUUCGUAUGAGCAGAAGCUUCUCGAUAACUCGGCGGCUGAGUUCGGCCUCUUCGCGAGUGAGUCGCGGAUACCCAGCGCGGGAUUUGAAAUCGGUUCGUCUCUGUGUCAAGACGUCGACGAUUUCUUUGAAGAUAUCGGCGAUUUGUUCCCGCUCGACCCGCUCCCCUCUGCCCUUACAAGCGGCAUCUUCUAAGUGGAAAAUCGGUGUCGUUUCGCACGCCGGCCGCCGAUAUUCGGCCGAUUUUGUAACUAAGUAGUGACAGUGAUUCAUAAGUCAGCAGCAGAUUCAUCUUCAUUCUCUUUUUUAGUUUUAUUUUAUUUUUCUAAUUUAUUAGUUUUUUAUUUUAUUUUAUUUCUACUGUUAGUAUUUUCCUCUUAUUUCCCGCUUAAGUAUCUCCGUUACUUAACGGCGACGGGAAGGACCGCUCUUGUUUGCAGGUUUUUUUAUCUAGCUAUAUUCAGAAAAUGUUUAUUA